GGGAGGCAGGUCUGAAAACAGGAAACAACAGCCCUUAUUGCCAGGAAAGAAAGCCUGGAAGCUUUGCCUCUGUGGUGCAGUCGAUGGACCAGCCUGGGCAUUCCAUGGGCAGCCAGAGCUUUCUGUGCUGGCACCUUUGGUGUGGGAGGAAUCUUCCUCCGUAUGCAAUUUUGGGAGUCGGACUGGCAGAUCCAGCACAGGAUCACUUUGACUUCCUUGUGGAGUGGGAGUUCCUGUGCAAGGACACGGCAUGCUGGCUGUUCUGCCAGGUGCUGGAGGCCAUGCGGCACUGUGCCCACUGCGGUGUCCUGCACCACGACAUCAAGCCGGAAAACAUAAUCCUCCACCUGGACACCAGCGACCUCAAGCUCAUCGACUUCGGUUUUGCCACCUUCCUCUGGGAUGAGCCCUACACAUGCUUUGCAGGAAUACGGCAAUACUGCCCACGGGAGUGGAUCCACUUUGGCUACUACCGAGGCCACUUGGCGACCAUGUGGUCCCUGGGCAUGCUGCUCUGUGUCAUGGUGUGCAGGAACUUCCCCUUCGAGGAGGAUGAGGACAUCAUGGCAGGGCAGCUUUGCUUCUGGCAGCAGGUCUCUUCAGAGUGCCAGCACCUGAUCUGAUGGUGUUUAUCCAAGCGCCCCUGGGACAGGCCAUUGCUGGAAGAGAUUUGCCGCCACCCUUGGCUGUGGCGCAGCGCCAUCGAGAGCUGGUGA